AGGAAGCUUCAGCAGCUGAUCUGUUUGUACUAAACUCACUCAUAUACGACCUUUAAUAAUGGAAGCAGCAGAUGUUGGAAAUGUUGCUCCUGUGGAUUUGCACAUUAUAACAAUUAAGAAGGAAGAAGAUGAAGAUGAAGGUUACCUCUAUGGAGGAACAUUCAACUCUGUGGAACACUUUAACCCUGAGGUGGGACACGCUGCUCCAGUGGACCAACAGCCUGAAGGUUUUCUGAAAAUAACUAUAAAAGAAGAAGAUCCUGAAGACGACGAUGACAUAACGAACGAUGAUUUCUGCUGCUACUUGUGCCCGUUUUCCUGUUCGGCCCAGAUUUACCUCUACAAGCACAUGAAGAGUUGUCACAACGGCAAAAACGAGACGCUUAUUAAAUCUGAAGAGGAUGAAGGUAAAAAUCCGAGUGAUCAGCAAACCUCCUCUGAUCCUCUCAGCAUGAGCACUUCUCAUCAACACAAGCAGAAGGAAAUUAACUGCUCUAAACUGGUCGAGAAACCGUAUUGCUGUACUGAGUGUGGAAAGUGUUUCAAUCAUCACUCUCGUCUCAGAACUCACCAGCGCAUUCACACUGGAGAAAAACUUUUUUGCUGUGCAGAGUGUGGGAAAGCUUUUACGCAACAGUGUCAACUAAGAAAACACCAACGCAUUCACACUGAAGAAAAACCUUUUUGCUGUACAGAGUGUGGUAAAACUUUUAAGCAACAGUAUCAGCUAAAAAAACACCAACGCUUUCACAAUGGAGAGAGACCGUAUCAGUGCUCACAAUGUGGGAAGAGCUAUAUUUGUCAGAAUCAUCUCAUAGUACACCAGCGCAUUCACACUGGAGAAAAACCGUAUCAGUGCUCGGAGUGUAAGAAAUGUUUCUCUCGACAGUAUCAUCUUAAGACACACCAGCUCACUCACACCGGAGAGAAACCGUUUUCCUGCUCACUAUGUGGGAAGGGUUUCACUCAGAAUCACUGUCUUAAAUUGCACCAGCGCAUUCACACUGGAGAAAGACCAUUUUCCUGCUCACAGUGUGGGAAGAGCUUUAAUAAAAAAUAUCACCUCAAAGUUCACCUGCGCAUUCACACCGGAGAAAAACCGUAUUUUUGCUCCGAGUGUGGAAAGAGUUUUAACGAACAUCAACAUCUUAAAAUACACCAGCGCGUUCACACUGGAGAAAAAAUAUUUUUCUGCACAGAUUGUGGGAAGAGUUUUAGUGAUAGGAGUUCUUUUAGAAGACACCAGCGCAUUCACACCAGAGAGAAACUGCCUCAGUGAUCACAGUAUGGGAAGAACUGUAAUCAUCAUCAUCUAAAAUCCACCAGAACAUUCACACUGGAGAAAAACACAACAGUGCACGAACACUUGUUGCCCUCUGCUGUACAGCUGAAGAUGGCAGAUGGGUGUUUCAACUUUCAGUAUGACAAUGAACUCACAGCCACCAAUAUUAUAAAUCAAGGAAAGCUAUCAAGAUUUAAAUCAGGGGACUAGUCAGUAAAUGUAGUUUUCCAUUCCUGUAUUAACCUCCGGCACUGUUGCUUUUUCUUUUUACUUUUUACUUGAAUGUUAUAAGUUAAAAUGUGUAAAUAA